UGCUCGGAUUCUGCUGCGGUUGAGAAAGCUUUCCGAAUCGCUUCGUAUGCCACAGCAAACCCAGAGUCGGUGCGCUGCAGUUCGGACGCGGUUUUCUUCCUCUUUUCACUGAUCGAUGUGUGUAUGGAUUGUAUUUUGACUGCGGCUUUGAAAUCUCGAUUGUUAUUUUGUUUAACGGGACGUCUCGACGUUUUUCACGAAACUUAAAUUGGAACUAGCGAAUCGUUGGGGCAUUUGUGUGAAAGAUGUGUUGUUGCCAGCCGGUUCCGAAGUGCACAUUUUCGCGAGUUUGAUUCAGUGGUCACCUUUUGCUACGCGGAAAGUCUCCGGAGAGUCGAGAGAUGAAAUUCUGACGCUGAUGAGAAUCCGGUGCUGGCGAAGAUGAAUGAUGGCAAUACAGCUUCCAAGAUGAGGAAACGGAAAAUCGAAUAACUUCUCAUUUCCAGUGGCUGACAAUUGCGCAAGUUUAUAUAGAUAUAUAUUUUUGUUACAGCUGAAGAAAUAGAAAUACGUGAUUGUGCCAAAAUGAACGGGAAAAUAAUUACAAUUUCUCCCCCGAGGAAAAUGCAUCACGGAUUGUGUGCGAAGUGAGAUGAAGUGAAUUUCCAGACAUGAAUGUUGGAAGCUAAAAUGGAAGUGUCAUCGGAAGAAACGGAGUAAUGUUUGUGUUGCAGUGGAAGUCGAUCUAUUUUGGAAUACGUGAAUGAACUACUAGGGUAUCGAAUAUUGCCCAAUUUUAUUACAAGUUUGUGCUUGUGUCAAUUCUCGCUGGAUCAGUUGCCAAAGACCCCACUUUCGAAUGGUGGGCGCGAAGAGUUAAGUGCAGUGUCAAAAGUGAUGUGAUAAUAUUGUUGGAAAGCCUCGGCAAAGCGCGCAGAUUGAAGAGAGCAGUUACAGUAACCGUCUCAUCAUCACCGCGAAAGGUGUCGAAUUUCAACCGACAAAUAUUUUGUACCGCAAAACGAAGCGUUUGAACGACGGUGAACCCUACAGAAGACCCCCCCCCACUCCUACUUCCAACCAAACGCAAGUGAGUGUCGGCAAGUGACAAGUUGUUUGUUUGGGUGGUAGUGAGCGAUGAGUGAUCGGCCGGGAAGGCAAGAGAAGAAAGUGCAUGAAAAUUUGGUUUCUGACCUGUUGUUUGCUGGAGUAAUCGUGAGCUGAUAACGAUGAACGUGGGACAACAUAGCGGUCCUGGGCCGCCACUGAAUCGUAGCGGUUGCUCGGAUCGCUCGGUUACUGGCCCCUCCUGUCGGGCACUGCGUACGGCCGUGUCCGCUCUCUACUGUUUGGAUGACUUCGUUCGGGAGAAGAUUGGCGAGGGAUUCUUCUCGGAGGUGUUCAAGGUGACCCAUCGUACAACCGGAGAUGUGAUGGUGCUGAAGAUGAAUCAACGGCGAGCGAACCGGCCGAACAUGCUGCGGGAAGUGCAGCUACUGAACAAAUUAUCCCAUCCGAAUAUUUUGAGGUUUAUGGGCGUCUGUGUGCAGGAAGGUCAGCUACAUGCCCUCACCGAGUACAUCGAGGACGGUUCGCUGGAGCAGCUGAUCGCCAACAGCGCCGUCUAUUUGUCACCGCUGCUGAAGAUACGAAUCGCUCUCGGAAUUGCCCGAGGGAUGCAAUACGUGCACGAUGUCGGUAUCUUUCACCGAGAUCUAACGAGCAAGAAUGUGUUGGUGAAACGAACGGCGGACGGCGUAAUGUUUGACGCGGUGGUCGGAGAUUUUGGGUUGGCAGCCAAUAUCCCGCGAAAAUGUGGUAAACCACGACUGGACACAGUAGGCUCGCCCUACUGGAUGAGCCCGGAGUGCUUGAAAGGGCAAUGGUACGACCAAACCAGUGAUGUGUUUUCCUACGGGAUCAUCCUCUGCGAGCUGAUUGCGCGGAUUGAGGCUGAUCCUGACAUAAUGCCAAGGACUGAUUCGUUCGGGCUGGACUACAUCGUGUUCGCCGAUCUCUGCCCGAACGAUACGCCACCGGCGUUUUUAAGACUGGCUUUUUAUUGCUGUACCUAUGAUCCAAAGAGUCGUCCCACGUUUACCGAGUGCAUCAAGAAGUGCACAUUGCUGUCGGACGUGUGUGAGGAUAACUACAGUCAUCAACAGCAGCAGCAGCAGCAACACAGACAUAGUAUAAGUAACGGCACUAACAGCGCAAGCACCGUCCUUUCCACGCUAUCGCCCAUCGCGGCAGCAAAUGGCAAUGGAUUGCCCUCACCUGCAUCAGUGACCUCUUCCUCUGUACAUUAUAGCAAUAGUAGUACCAGUAGUAGUAACAAUAGCAUUAGCACCACGAACAAUCUGAACACGACGUUGAACGGUAAUGCUACCGCGGCCAAGCGUAACUCGAUCGAUGUUGCCAACAUCAGUCCUACGAGUGAAUCUGCACCGGUCGGGAAAUUACCGCUCAGUCGAGAAAACAGCGCUAACGGUGAUCGGGAAGGGGAGAAUCCGCUCCACCACAGGCGAUCGCUAUCGGAGAACGUUAUCGUUUUCCCACCGCACACCACGCCUAGUGAUAAGGCACGCUACCAUAUGUACCAGCGAACGGCGACCAGCAGUAAGCUGGCCGAAUCGAUUAUUCCGGAAUCACUGCUCACCUACUCAAAUCAGACCCUGCGGAAGGUGGCCGAGACAAUGCUGCUCAAGGAUCCGCAGUAUAAGCUGCGCCCCAAGGUGGAUCUGGGAAGCGGACCGAAGGCUAACCCAUUCACCGCGCUGUCGCAGCUCAAAGGGGUGAAGAAGAUCCUUGGGCCGAACCCGGCGGUAACGUCGUACAGCUCGGGGGAUCUGUUCAGCUCUUGUUUCGAAAUAUCCGCACCUCUGUUGCGUGAAUGGAAUAUAGUACAAAAUCGAAAUGCGAACAAUCGGGACGGCGUCAGCAGUGGAAGCAGCAGCACCGAAGGCCAACCCAAGAGUUUACCUAGUUCACCUACCUCUCCCAGGAAGGAAUAUGGCGAUGAUGAGGAGGAGCACGUAGCGCGAAGGCUUAAGGGGGCUAGUAAGCAAAAGUUGGAUCAACAAGAGGGCUGCGGAGACGACAGUGGUAAUCAUGUGGGAUACACCUUCACCCGGAAAGUUUCACUGGGCGGUGGUUCGGGAAUGAAAAAGUAUCGAGCCAAUUUCACCGAACUUUCUAGUCAUCCGCUCUAUAAGAGUGGUGCAAUCGAAACUGAAUCCAACAGUAUCUCUGUUGGCGACAGUGCUACUAGUGGAAGUUCGAACGCUAAUACCGACAGUGGCACCGAGGAAGGUGGGAAUGAUACGAUGGCAGCGUUAGUUAACGGAUUCGCUGGUGAAUUGAAGAAGUCCAGUUCGAGCGUGAUCGGGGAAGGGAUGCUCGAUACGCCAAGGAUUUUAACGAGAAGGGGUUCCACCGAGAGCGGAUUCUUUUCGUGUCUAAAUGAGGACUUUAGCACCUACAAAUCAUCGCAAUGUGGUUGUAUGGAGAAAACUCCUAUCGAAUCAGCCGACCGGUUGUCGGUUUGUAGAUGUAUUUAUGGCGGAAUGAACAAUGUGACUGGAAGAAUGAAGGACCUUGAACUUUCCUCGAAUCAAACGCUGAACGAUAGCUCCAGUGUAUUGCUAUUUGACGAGUCCUCGACGAAUGUGAGUUCGUUGAGAAGUAUGGAUGACCUCGAGCUAUCGGAUUCAAUUAGGAAAAAGUUCAACUAUCGACAUCAUGUUCUAAGCAAUGUCGAUAUUGAUGCACGUUCCAUCGAUAUGGGUCUGAUAAAUAGGCUUGCACUGGACUCGGAAAUUCAUAGCAUGAUACAGAAGAAUCAAUUCACGAACCAACUUCUCUACUGCAAGAAUCGUUCGUCAUCGAUUUUCACCGACAGUUCAGAUGACAUAAGCUCGCUGGCAGGAUCAGAUUCACUGUUGUGGGAUGAUCGUUCGUACACGACGAUUCCCAACACGCGUUCGGCUCAAAUCGCCAAGAUAGUCGAGUAUUUUGAACGCAAAGGUCAAACCUUCAAACCAUUCACUGUACCUGACUCGGCUUUCGGCAUGACAGCCGGACAUUCUGGCUCUUCCGCUUCGUCGACCUCGUCGACCUCCGCGUCCAGUGCUCACCAUCCGUAUCAGUAUCACCAACUGCAUCGAGGGAGUGGAGCAGGGUCCUCUGAUCUUUCGAGACGACCAUCAUCGAACGGUUUCUGCAAGUUUACUACCGCGGCAGAGCUUCGCCAGCGGACCGAGUACGAAGCGUUCUGUUUGGAUUUGGAGCGGAAACAAGCUCCGAUCAGCAUCCAGCAACAGUAUCAUCACCAGCAGCAGCCUCAGCAAUAUCAUCGACUGAACAACAUUUGCGAGGGUAAUGUUCGGUCCAAGCUGCAGCUGUUCGACAAGAUGAAACAGCAAAACGGUGCGCAAGCCCAGACUACUGUGCAAAGCUCCUCCAGCAGUAACAGUAUAAGCAACACAAACGGCCAAACCCCGGCCAAUGGCAACUGUUGUAACGUCAAUGGCACUAAUGGAGUGUAGUAGGUUUGGAUUGCGAACACUUGCGUUGGGGUAGUUUUAAGCUUUAGGGUGCAAUGAAGCGCCGUGCAUGAAUUCUAGAGACAAAUACUUACUAAAUGACACGUUGUGACCAAA